AUGAGCUUCAUUUGGUGUUACUUCCGGCUCCCGAAGACGAAGCACAGGCCCGUCGAAGAAAUCGAUUAUAUGCCUGAACAUUGGGUCACGCCGAGGGACUUUAAGAGGUACAAGGUUGACGAAGAUGGCCCGAAGAACGAUUUGGCGGAGUGGAGCUCAGACUCGGCCCACUAUGAACGUGUGUCCAGAUCCAUUCCUCCACUCGCGUCGACAUUGAGAUCCGCCGUCAAGAUAUCUGUUCUACCACCGUUGACACCAGCAUGGCCUCUUCUGGCACAUCUCGGCCCCCGACAUAUCUCACACGAAUGA